AGUUCCGCACAGAGCGUCAUCCAGUUCAGUACCAUAGUAAGUCGUGCAUCAGCCGUCAUCGAGUUCAGACACUUAGUAGUAUCAUUCGACGCGAGUCAGUCGACUUAUAAAUUCUGUCAGUUCAAGUGAAAUAUAUAAUUAUUCAACGUGUCAACGCUAUUCAUCCAGUUCUGUCAAAGUGCGAAAUGCGCACACACCUCCUGAUUAUCAUUGCGAUAAUUAACACUACUAAUGGCCUCAUCGGAUACGACUGUGGGGGACCGAUCGUGAACCACACCACAAUAUCUUUACUGGAUAUGGAUGAUUGCAAAUCACCUGGACCUAAUGUAAAGACUACGAAGACUCAUAUACAAUUACUCCAACUCUCUGAAUGCGACCACACGGAAAUUAUACAAUGUCAAGUAAAUAUCAGAAGAAUUAUACUGCAUUGUGUAAUGCACUCUCACGUAUCAGCGGUACAAAAUGGCUAUUUUGCUAAAUAUGUACAUCCAUGAAACUACUCGAGAAUCAUGUCAAAGGCUACAUCAAGAAGGAAUUUCAUUUCUGGGCACCGCAACUUUAACCGGAAUAGCUCGAAGCUCUACGACUCAUCGCACAAUCACGCUGGCCGGAAUUUCAGAAACAGAUGGAACUUGCUACGAAACCACUUAUUCAGAUCCUUAUGGAUCUUGGACCAACGUAUUUGUUCAAAAAACCAUCGAAAUUAAAUUAAAAAACCAAAUGGCAAGAAUUAAAAUGGAUUCAGGAAAAAUAAUAUUACCAUCAGGAACGACAUGCAAUUUCGUAGAUUCAACAUGGAUCGACUACGAUUCUGGAGAUAUGUUUUGGAAACCAAUACCGACCAACACUUGUGAAUUGAAAUCUUAUGAUGUACUUUAUGAAGGAAUAGUUGAUAAAAUAGAAGAAGAAACAACAACACAACAUCCAACCAUCUGCAGCCUAACCACAGAAAGUAUUACAUUCGCUUGAACCCAGACUGUAGAACAUCGUAUAUGCGGAUAUUCAGUACUUGCAACAG